CAUUGACUUCUGUUUCUGUCUCUGUAGGUCUGUGGGCAAUGUUUUGACGUGAUUGUGGUUCCAAUAAUUUGUUUAUUGUUUUAUUUAUUAAACAAUAUUAUGUAUUAUUUAUAAUGUAAGAGAAAUAUCGUGAAAUGGUUUAAUUCAGAAAGUGAUAGUAGUGAAGUGGAAUUCUAUAUCGCGUACAUAUACGGAAGGUUUCGGUAGCGGUGUUGGUGCUGACCGGCGGGUACGAUGUGGGACUCGUCGACGUUCUUGGGCGCGCUGACGCCCAAGUUCUACGUGGCGCUGACGGGCACCUCGUCCCUCAUCUCGGGCCUCAUCCUCAUCUUUGAGUGGUGGUACUUCCGCAAGUACGGGACCUCCUUUAUUGAACAGGUGUCGCUUACACACUUGGGCCCGUGGCUGAGUGGCGCGGGCGCGACUAGUCCGGAGCCCGAGGGCGGCGAGUGCAAGGUGUGGCGCAAUCCCAUGUCGCUGCUGCGCGGCGCGGAGUACGGCCGCCUGUGGAGCGCCGCCCGCCGCGCGCCGCUCACCUACUACGACAUGAACCUGUCCGCACAGGAGCACCAGGCGUGGUUCGGCGCGGGCGCGGGCGCCACGGGCGCGGACGAGGCACUGGCGCGCGCGUGGCGCGAGCGCGAGCCGGCGGCGCGCGUGGCCAUGGCGCGCGCGGCGCUGGCGCUGCGGCCCGACUGCGCCGCCGCGCUGCUGCUGCUGGCCGAGGAGGAGGCGGGCACGGUGCUGGAGGCGGAGCGCGUGCUGCGGCGCGCCUGGCGCCUGGGCGAGGCGGCGGCGCGCGCGCUGGCGGCGGCGGGCGCGGCGGGCGCGGCGCGGCGCGAGGCGGCCGUGGUGGCGCACGUGAAGCGCCGCGCCGCCAUGUGCGCGCGCCGCCUGGGCCGCCUGCGCGACGCGGCGCGCCUGUUCCGCGAGCUGGCGCGCGACGCGCACCCCGCGCUGGCGGCGCUGCAGCUGCACGAGAACCUGCUGGAGGUGCUGCUGGAGCAGCGCGCCUUCGCCGACGCGCACGCGCUGCUGGCGCGCCUGGACGACACGCCCGCGCCGCGCUCCGCCGCCACCGCCUACGGUACGGCGCUGCUGCGCGCGCGUGGCGCCAGCGGCCCGGCGGCCGAGGCGGCGGCGCUACAGGCGCUGCGGCGCGCCAUCGCCUUCAACCCGCACGUGCCCGAGUACCUGCUGGAGCUGCGCCCGCUGACGCUGCCGCCCGAGCACGUGCUGCGGCGCGGCGACAGCGAGGCCGUGGCCUACGCCUUCUGGCACCUGCGGCACUGGCGCGCGGCGGACGGCGCGCUGCGGCUGCUGGCGGCGGCGUGGGCGGCGGCGGAGCGCGCGGAGGCGCGCGCGGGCGCGGCGGGGUACCGCGGCACGGCGUGCGCGCAGUGCGCGGACCGCGAGCUGCUGCCGGCGCACCACGCGCUGUCCGUGUUCCCGCGCCGCGCCGCGCCCGCGCUGCUGCCGCUGGCCGCCGCGCUGUGCGCCGCCACGGCGCUGCUGGCGCUGCUCGCACACCGCUGGCCGGCCGCAGCCGCAGCCGCAGCCGCGCGCGCCGCGCACUUCCUGGACCCGCGCCGCCUGCUGCCGCUGCUGGCCGCGAUCUAGAAAGCGAUCUCGUUACUGUUCAUGACUCUACAAUAAAUUUGAAUUUGAAUAAAUUAUGACUAAUCUUAA